AUGAAGGCAUUCGUUGCGAUUUUGGACCACCUUUCGUAUGGGACGUUGAAAUGCUGCUGGUGGUCCCUGGGCAACGUCUGGAAGACAAUAACGAGGGUGAAAGAGGCCCGGGAGCACAAGAGUUUGGGACGGUGGAAAUUGGCGAAGGCCCGGGAGCACAUGAGAUUGGGAAGAAGGUGGUAUUUCGCGACAAAGCAAUACAAGGCCUACCGCGACCAAGUGGGAGUCUUCAACCCAGAAUGGCACUUCACGGUGGCCCGUGAGCUUAAAUACUGCCAACAGAAAAAAGAAGAGGAGAGGAGAGGAGAAGAAGAGAAGAAAAAGAAAACGCGCAUGGAAAAACGGAGGAAGGUCGAAGACGAGAGGAGAAGAAAGGAGCUUCUGCAGAAGGGGCGAAUUCACAGAAAGCGUGGGCGGUGGGAGUUGGCGAUUACGCUAUUCCGGCUCUACCUCAACGACGAGGGUGCAGACUUGGACACGUGCAUCAUCGUACGUGCCGAGCUCCACGACUGCCAGCAGAAGAAGUCGGAAGAGGAUUGGAGGGAGAACGCGACCGAAGAUGAGCGAAAAAAGAACGUGGAGCACGAGCAGAGGCGUACUUCGCGGGGGGUGUUGUCUGUGGGGUUCAGCGGAAGUUUUUUGCAAAGGCUUGAGGGCAAUGGCGCGGAGUGCAAGGCCCUGUGCGAUCUGUUCAAUGCUCGGUGGAUUAAGCCACGGCCGGAAAACGGUGUUUCGAUCGUGCGCAUCUUCAGCAUCCAGGUUUCUCGUGAGGUGCGUGAGAAGCACGAGCGGUACAAAGGAAAGUUCGGUAAUCUGUGCCAACGCUUUCACGGCACCUCCUGCAACGAAGGGUGCAACUUCAUGGUCGACCCACAGGGCGGACAGGCCCCGUGCGGGGAGAGCAGCUGCAGCGUCUGCAACAUCUGCAAGCUAGGAUUCCAGCUGGGACCCAACGUCGCCCGCACAGCCCGGGCAACCCGUUUCCCGCUUCGGUACGGGGCGGGCAUCUACUUGACGAGCGUGUCCGGCAAGGCUAACGACUACGCCUCGCGCUCGGCCAAGAAAGUCGGCGAACUGGAGCUGAGGUGCAUGUUCGUCGCCAGCGUCGCCCUGGGGAACACGUUCAAAACCACGAGUGCUAGGCUCCCGGCAGACCAGUGCCCGCCUCCUGGCUACCAUUCUGUGGUGGGAGAGGCGGGCCAACGGCUGAACUUCGACGAGUUCGUGGUGUACAAGGAGGAGGCUGCUCUGCCAACUCACCUCAUCGUGUAUGCUCUUCGGCACUGA